CGGGACUCGAACGGAAGUUCCGGCGGGGGCGGCCGAGGGGGAAGAGUGUGUGUCUGUGCGGGAGAAAGAGGAGAAUCGCCGGAGAGGUCUCUAAACCCCCAGGGAGUGGAGUAGGGCUUGAAGUUGGGAAGGAGGGGGAUGAUUGGAGAGAAGGGAGAGGAGGCCUUACCCGCUGACAGGCCCCAGCGGUGGAGCCCUGCAGUGUAUGUGUGGUAACACCAUGUCUGUGCCCCUGCUCACCGAUGCUGCCACUGUGUCUGGAGUUGAGCGGGAAACGGCUGCGGUUAUUUUUUUACAUGGACUUGGAGACACAGGGCACAGCUGGGCUGACGCCCUCUCCACCAUCCGGCUUCCUCAUGUCAAGUACAUCUGUCCCCAUGCGCCUCGGAUCCCCGUGACACUCAACAUGAAGAUGGUGAUGCCCUCCUGGUUUGACCUGAUGGGGCUGAGUCCAGAUGCCCCAGAGGACGAGGCUGGCAUCAAGAAGGCAGCAGAGAACAUCAAGGCCUUGAUUGAGCACGAGAUAAAGAAUGGAAUCCCUGCCAAUCGGAUCGUCCUGGGAGGCUUUUCACAGGGUGGGGCCCUGUCCCUCUACACAGCCCUCACCUGCCCCCACCCUCUGGCUGGCAUUGUGGCAUUGAGCUGUUGGCUGCCUCUGCAUCGGGCUUUCCCCCAGGCAGCCAACGGCAGUGCCAAGGACCUGGCCAUCCUUCAGUGCCAUGGGGAGCUGGACCCCAUGGUUCCGGUACGGUUUGGGGCCCUGACAGCUGAGAAGCUCCGGUCUGUUGUCACACCCGCCAGGGUCCAGUUCAAGACUUACCCAGGUGUCAUGCACAGCUCCUGUCCUCAGGAGAUGGCAGCUGUGAAGGAGUUUCUUGAGAAGCUGCUGCCUCCUGUCUAACAAGAGUGGCUGGCCCCCGGCGCAGUCCCCCGGCCCAUGGAGGACUCCGCUCCCGAGGCACCAUCUUGGAUCUGAGCCGGUCGAGCCCCUCUCACCCUCCUGGACCCAUCCUUUUCCCACAGGCCUCUGGGGCAGGCAGGCCAAGGGAGGCCCUCUUUCCAGGCUUCCGCCACCUGGCUGGCUGCCUCCGGGGGUGGGCUGCUUUCUUACCCGUUUCCCCGGAGGUGGGGCCCCCCCACGGCAGCAGUAUUGAAGGGGCUGUAAGCAGCGGGAGAAAGGGGCCCAGCCGCUGACCCACUCACUCAGGACCUCACUCACUAGCCCCGCUUUGGGCCCCCUCCUGUGACCUCAGGGUUUGGCCCAUGGGGCCCUCCCAGGCCCCACCUCCCACCCCCUCCCCACAACUGAUAUUCUGCCCAGAUAAUCGUGUCUCCUUCCUCCACUCCAGCUGCUUCUCAAUCAUGAAUGUCUGUGGCCCAGACCCCCUUGCUGCUGUGCUCCCUGCCCCUGCGCAGGGGUGUUGCUGAGGGGGUGGAGGCCUUUGAGGGGCCUCCCCUCAGCCAUUUAUUGACUUGGGGGCUGGGCCCUGCCUCCCCAUUACCCUCCCCCCAGGCCUGGAGCCUUCAGGGCUGGACUGAGGCUCAAGGUCGUCCCCAGCUGUCCCACCCCACGUCGCCCCCACGCUGGGGCCCGGGGAGAGGUGGGGAGGACUUGUGUCUUGUCUUCUGUCUCCAUGUAGUUUUGGGUGUUUUUCUUGUUGUGUCCUGGAUUCCGAUAUAAAAUUAAAGAAAUGGCUUCACCUCUCA